UGCAAAUAAAGUGUAAGUGCACAAUAAUAUAUCGUCGACUCUGACUUUAUGGUGUCCUCCAAAUCUGCAAACAAAUCGUAGCUUGAGUUGAAUCCCUCGCAACGGACAACAUCCCGUCCUCCUAUAAAUUUCAACCCCUCUCCUCACUCUUCUCCCCUAAACCGGAAGCUUGUGAGAUCCCGCGCUCAGCUCACACGGAAGAUAGAGAAAUUCAAGACGAACAAAAAUGGCGAAACCUCGAAAACCGCCCAAAAAUGAAGGUUCCAAGUCCGAUUCUUCCUCCGCUGAAGCCCUAAUUCUUCACCAGAAGCUCUGUCUUUCUAUCGACAUCAAUAAUCGUCGAAUUCACGGUUACACCGAGCUGGACAUUGCCGUCCCUGAUAGUGGAAUAAUUGGGUUGCAUGCUGAAAAUUUGGAGAUUGAAAGAGUUACCGUGGAUGGGGAGCCAGCAGAGUUUGAUGUUUUCCCACAUUAUCAACCUGUUGAAAUUGAGAACAGGUGGUGUUCGGUGUCAUCUGUGAGUUCUGCUGCAGAUGCUGCUGGUGUGACUUAUAUAUCGGCUCUGGAAAGAGAAUUAGUUCCGAACUUGCUGAUUCUUUGCCGUAAGACGAUUGACUCAGGGAACCAACAACAGGGACAACCGAAUCUCGAAAAUGGGGGUCAAAUAAAUGGCGAAGUGAAGCAGAAUGUGAAGUUGAUUAGAAUUGACUAUUGGGUGGAGAAGGCAGAGGCAGGAGUGCACUUUGAUGAUGAUGUAUUACAUACGAAUAGCCAGAUAAGGCGUGCACACUGCUGGUUUCCUUGUAUGGACGACAGUUUACAGCGCUGCUGCUAUGAUCUAGAGUUUACUGUUCCUCAUAAUUUUGUUGCUGUAAGCAAUGGAAGGUUACUUUAUCAGGUUUUGAGUAAGGAUGAUCCUCCUCGCAAAACCUUUGUCUAUAAAUUGGAUGUUCCAGUUUCUGCCCGGUGGAUAUCAUUGGCAAUAGCACCAUUUCAAAUUAUUCCGGACUAUCAUAAUAGCCUUCUUUCGCACAUGUGUUUACCAGGAAAUGUUUUGAAACUUCAGAAUUCUGCUGGGUUUUUUCAUAGUGCUUUCAGACAUUAUGAGGUUUACCUUAAAUCUCAUUUUCCAUUUGGGUCAUACAAGCAAAUUUUCAUAGCUCCUCAGAUGGUGAUAUCCUCGGUGACUUUGGGAGCUUCAAUGAGUAUCUUUAGUUCUCAAAUUCUUUUUGAUGAGAAGGUUAUAGAUCAGGCCAUAGACACAAGGAUUAAGCUUGCUUAUGCCCUUGCAAGGCAGUGGUUUGGUGUGUAUAUUACUCCUGAGACACCAAAUGAUGAGUGGUUGGUUGAGGGCCUUGCUGGUUUCCUGACUGAUACAUAUAUUAAAGAAUUUAUGGGAAAUAAUGAGGCACGAUACAGACGUUAUAAGGCAAAUUGUGCUGUUUGCAAGACUGAUGACAGUGGCGCAACAACUCUGAGCCCUUCUGGCUCUCCAAAAGAUCUGUAUGGUACCCAGUCAGUUGGUCUUUAUGGAAGAAUUCGUUCGUGGAAGUCUGUGGCUAUCCUCCAAAUGUUAGAGAAGCAAAUGGGUCCAGACUUGUUUAAAGGGAUAUUGCGAACAAUAGUUUCUCGUGCUCAAGAUGCUACACGUUCAUUGAGGACGCUGAGUACGAAGGAGUUUCGGCAUUUUGCCAAUAAGCUUGGUAAUCUUGAGCGCCCCUUUCUUAAGGAAUUUUUCCAUCGCUGGGUCGAGACUUGUGGCUGCCCUAUUGUAAGGAUGGGAUUUUCGUACAAUAAACGCAAAAAUAUGGUUGAAUUGGCUGCCUUUCGUGACUGCACGGCUACUUUAAGUGCAAUUACACCUGCUCCUAGCAAUAACAUCGAUUCUGAAAGUAGGGAAGGUGAUGGUGGCUGGCCUGGUAUGAUGACAAUCAAGGUUCACGAGCUUGAUGGUACACAUGACCAUCUCUUACCUAUGGCUGGUGAUGCAUGGCAGCUAUUAGAAAUAAAAUGUCAUUCGAGACUUGCUGCUAAACGUCUCCAAAAGCCUAAAAAGGGUUCCAAACCUGAUGGCUCUGACGAAAAUGGUGAUACAGUUACAACUGUGGACAUACGCUCUGGUACAGAAUCACCGUUGUUAUGGGUCAGAGCAGACCCGGAGAUGGAAUAUCUUGCUGAAAUUCACUUCAACCAGCCUGUACAGAUGUGGAUUAAUCAGUUGGAGAAGGACAGAGAUGUUGUCGCUCAAGCUCAAGCAAUUGCAACAUUGGAGGAGUUACCAUAUAUCCCUUUUCCUGUUAUCAAUGCUCUAUCUAAUUUCAUUGCUGACACCAAGGCCUUCUGGAGAGUGCGAAUAGAAGCGGCAUUUGUAGUGGCAAAGGUUGCAUCAGAGGAGACUGGUUGGGCUGGUAUGCGUAAUCUUUUUAAUCUCUAUAAAGCUAAAAGGUUUGACCCUUCCACUGGACUGCCCAAGCCUAAUGACUUUCAUGAUUUCUCAGAGUACUUUGUUCUUGAGGCCAUUCCUCAUGCUGUUGCUACAGUGAGAACUGCGGACAAGAAAAGCCCAAAAGAAGCUGUGGAGUUUGUCUUGCAAGUCCUGAAGUACAAUGAUAACAGUGGUAAUCCUUACUCAGAUGUAUUCUGGUUGGCUUCUCUGGUCGAAGCAAUUGGAGAACUUGAAUUUGGACAACAGAACAUAGCUUGCCUUUCGUCUCUGCUCAAGCGGAUUGACCGGCUGCUGCAAUAUGAUAGGUUGAUGCCAAGCUAUAAUGGCAUUCUGACAAUCACUUGCAUUAGAACUAUAACGCAAAUGGCGUUGAAGCUUUCAGACUUCAUUCCUCUUGAUAAUGUUUUUGCACUGAUCAAACCAUUUGAGGAUUGCAAGGCAACGUGGCAAGUAAGGAUUGAGGCUAGGAGAGCCCUUCUCGAUAUUGAGUUUUACUCUAAAGGCAUAGAUGCAGCAUUGUUGUUGUUCAUCAGAUUUUUGGAGGAAGAAUCAUCCUUAAGAGGACAAGCCAAAUUGGGUAUACAUAUGAUUCGGUUGAGCCAAAUCAGUGCCGGGUCUGGAUCUAGUGAUGAUGUGAAGAGCCAAACUCUUGUGGCCUUGCUUCGCUUGCUGGAAAGCCGUCUAGCAUUUCGCAAUGUCUUUCUGCGGCAUCACUUGUUCUGCAUUUUACAAGUCCUGUCAGGGAGGCGCCCGACUCUGUAUGUUAUUCCCAGAGAUCACAUGCGUCAAACUGGCUAUGCGGAGAUUUGCAGUGAACAGAGAAAUAAUUUCCUAGCUUUUAUCAAUCAAAUCAAGCCUACAGAUCUGCCUCCUGAAAUUGAGAGCCCUUUCCAGGAUAGUUUGGUGGUUCAAGAUUUGUGCAAAGAUGAUUCGAUUUCUAACAGCCAGGAGCAAAAAAUGCUAGUUGAAACUUUUGAAGAUGUAGAUACUGUUUCAAACAUUCAGGUGCAUGUUGUUCCAGCUCCAGAAAUUUCAGGAGACGCUCAGGAGGCUGUCAAAGCUGCAGAUACUAAUUCAAAUAGUCAGGUGGACAUAAUGCCGGCUCAGGAAGCUGUUGAAGCCGUGAUUACUAAUUCAAAUGGUCAGGUGUAUUUAGUACCAGCUCAGGAAGAUAUCAAAGCUGCAGUUACUAAUUCAAAUUGUGAGGUUGAUUUAUUGCCGGCUCAGGAAGCUCUGAAGGACGCUGAUACUCUUUCCAAUAGUCAGGUGCAUGUAAUGCCUACUCAGGAAGUUUCCAGAGAGGCUGAUACGAUUUCCAUUAGUCAGGAGCGAAAGAUUUCAGUUGUUAAAAUCAGGGUCAAGCAAACAACAGCCUCUAACAGAAGUGAAAAGGUUGACAAUUUGGCCCCUGAAAGAUCUCAGGCUGGUCAUAAUGAAAUCGAUCCGGUGGUUAGCAGCUCUGUUUCUGUUGAUGCACCUCAAAGAAAUUUAACAGAAGCUGUCAGCUUAAGCAAUCAAAUGACUGAAGAAGUAAAUUCAUGCCAGGGUCGUGGGUCUCAUAUGACAGCCAGUAUUGGGAGUGCCAAAAUAGCUAGGGGAGAAGGUGAUGAGUUUGGGAAAGAGCUCUUGUGUACUGCUGAUUCCAGCAACAUCCCAGAACUACAACAGCUCCUUUGCACUGCUGAUUCCAGCAACAUUCCAGCAUUAAAACAACCUGAUGUUUGCUUAUCACCCAAAAAUAUUGAUGAACAUAACCUCCUGAAGAAGGAGGUCCAGAAACCUAUAUUAGGACAGACACUGUCAGUUGCAGCUGAUGAUGUUGAUGUCGUUUCACAUAGCACCGGAAAUCCUGAAUCGCGUGGGAAGCGGAAAGAGAAGAAGAAAGACAGGGAAAAGAAAAGAAAGCGAGAUGAUCCUGAAUAUUUGGAAAGGAAGCGUUUAAAGAAAGAGAAGAAGCAAAAGGAAAAGGAAAGGGCAAAAUUGUUGGAGGAAAAGAAUGUUGUGUCAGGUGAUGACCGCAGCAGAAUAGCAAGUGAGAAAAGGUUUUUCAACAAUGACAGAAUGGCCAUGUCAACGGUGUCUAUGGCUAAGAAUGAUAGUGUUCAGAAUAGACUUUUGGAUCAGGAGAUCCCAUUAGAGCCGAUAUUGUCGAGUAGGGAUGAGUAUGAACACCGGGAGGCCACUGUAAGAUUUAAAACUAAUGAACUGAAUGGGCCAAAAUUAGUAUUGAAGACAAGUGAUAGUAAGCCAGGAGCGCCUUCCGGCGGUUCAGGCCACAAACUAAGAAUUAAGAUAAAGACUCGAAAAUAAAGCCUCUAAAAUUUGUAUCAUUAUAAAAUCUUGAAUAUAUUAGAUGUAUUGUUUCUUA